AUGAAGUACAUCGCUGCCUACCUGCUGGCCUACCUCGGUGGCAACUCCUGCCCCUCUGCAGAGGACCUGACCUCCACCCUGGAGUCAGUUGGUUGUGAAAUCGAUGCUGAGAGGCUGGAACUCUUGCUGUCCCAAGUGAAGGGCAAGGACAUCACUGAGCUCUUGGCUGUUGGUAGGGAGAAGUUCGCUUCAGUUCCAAGCGGUGGUGGUGGUGUUGCUGUCGCAGCAGCUGCUCCCACCAGUGGCGGUGCUGCUCCUGCAGCUGAGUCCAAGAAGGAAGAGAAGGUCGUUGAGAAGGAAGAGAGUGAUGAU